AUGAGUCCUGCUCCCAUCAACCUCACCUCUACUCCCGUGGCACCUCAUGAUCCUUCCACAUCUGACAAAGGCAAGAAACCAGUUGGUGAAGAUGCUGAAGAUGAUGAAGACACUGAGGAGGAGGAUCUCUCUCAGUAUCUGCUUACUCGAAGGACGCCUGGGAGCAUAAUUGAUGCUGCGAGUGGAGGGGCACUGGUGAACAAAACCCCUCAAGAAGCACGGGAGUUGAUAGAGAGGAUGGCAGAGAAUUCACAACAAUUCGGUACGAGGGAGGAUUUUUCAAUACGCAGGGUGAAUGAGGUAGAGACACCCUCCAUGCAGCAGCAGCUAACUGAGUUGACCGCGUUUGUUAGGCAACAGGCUGUGAGAAAUGCAUCACAAGCCAGGGUAUGCGGGAUUUGCACUGGUAUAGGUCACUCUGCAGAUAUGUGCCCAAUGAUUCAGGAAGAAACUGCAGAACAGGUGAACAUGGCUGACCACGCGCCCGUGCAAAGGAAGCAGUACGACCCUUACUCAAGCACCUACAACCCCGGGUGGAGAGAUCAUCCCAACCUCAGUUAUGGAGGGAAUAGGCAACCCAACUUUACACCGAACAGGCAGUCUAACUUUGUGCCAAAUAAGCCACCAGGGUACCAGCAGCAGUACCAACCCCGACCACCUCCGCCCUCAAGCUCUGGUCAAUCUUGGGAGGAGAUGAUGAAACAAAUGAUGACAACCAUGGCGCAAAAUCAGCAAAGGACGGAGGCAACCAUUAUGCAAAAUCAGCAAAGGAUGGAGGCAACCAUUAUGCAAAAUCAGCAAAGGACGGACUCCGAAAUGCAGGAUAUAAGGAAUCAGAUAAGUCAAAUGGCCACAACAAUUAACCGUUUGGAUUCCCAGAACCAAGGGAAGCUGCCAUCUCAACCUGAGUUGAACCCGAAGAAUGUGAGCGCCAUGACCCUAAGGAGCGGGAAAGAAAUUAAGGGGCCUGAACCUGUGAUCCCUAAGGAUAAGGAUGAGGAAAAGAUCGAAAAUGAGCUUGAAAGGGAGAACAGCAAUGGUGCAGAUCUAAAGGUACUUCCUGACCCAGUAAUUACAGUUAAAACUAACCCGCCUCCUUUUCCUAGCAGGUUAGAAAAACCAAAGAAGCAGGAUAAGGAAAAGGAGAUUUUGGAGGUUUUUCGCAAGGUCGAGAUAAAUAUCCCCCUGUUAGACGCGAUCAAACAAGUACCAAAAUAUGCCAAAUUCCUAAGGGACUUGUGUGUCAACCGAAGGAGGUUGAGGGGAGAUGAACGGGUCAUUGUUGGGGAGAAUGUGUCAGCGGUCCUGCAGAGAAAACUUCCACCCAAGUGCGGGGACCCAGGUAUGUUUACUAUCCCCUGUAGGAUAGGGAACACUGUGAUUAGAAGGGCCAUGUUGGAUUUGGGAGCAUCAAUUAAUGUCAUGCCUAAAUCUAUAUAUGUUUCUCUGAAGUUAGGUCCAUUAAAAGAAACUGGAAUAAUCAUUCAAUUAGCUGACCGCACUAAUGCAUAUCCUGAUGGGUUGAUUGAAGAUGUGUUGGUAAAAGUAAAUGAUUUGGUGUUUCCAACUGAUUUUUAUGUAUUUGAUAUGGAUGAUGACCAUUCCUCCGAUCCCUCACCUUUGUUGUUAGGUAGACCCUUUAUGAGCACAGCACAAACAAAAAUUGAUGUUAAUAAGGGUACCUUAUCCAUGGAAUUUGAUGGGGAAACUGUGCACUUUAAUAUCUUUGAUACUAUGAAAUAUCCCUCAAACUCCAACUUUAGCUCAGUUUUCUCUGUGAGUGCUAUUGACCCUGCGGUGCAGGAAGUAUUUGAAACUGUUGGCAGGGAUGAGUUGGAGGUAGCUUUGACCAAGUACCUCGAGUUGGAGACAACUCCUGAGGUGGAGUGGAGUGAAGAUCUAAAAUGCACAAUAGGUGCAUUACACUCAUUGCAGAUCACCACGAAAAGGUAUGAAGUCUUACCUAUUUUUACUCCCGAACCUCACCAGAGGGUAUUGUCAUCUGUGGUGCAGGCACCUGUACUGGAGUUGAAACCUCUACCAGAGCACCUGAAAUAUGCAUAUCUGGGUGAUAAUGAGACACUCCCGGUGAUUAUCUCAUCGGCACUGUCAAAAACCCAGGAGGAGAAACUGAUCCGGGUCCUUAGAGAGCAUAGAGAGGCGAUAGGUUGGACAAUUGCGGACAUUAAGGGGAUCAGUCCGGCCAUCUGUAUGCACCGGAUUAGACUAGAUGAGGAUGCCAAACCUGUACGACAGGCUCAAAGGAGGCUUAACCCCCUCAUGAUGGAGGUGGUGAAGAAGGAAAUUUUGAAAUUGUUAGAUGUGGGGAUUAUUUUUGCAAUAUCAGAUAGCCCUUGGGUGAGCCCGAUCCAGGUAGUCCCAAAGAAGGCAGGAGUGACGGUAGAGGCCAACCGAACGGGUGAACUCGUGCCAGUGCGAAAACCCACUGGAUGGAGGCAGUGUAUUGACUACCGCAGGCUGAACGCCGUCACCAAAAAGGACCAUUUCCCUCUUCCUUUCAUUGACCAAAUGGUUGAACGUUUAGCUUGUUUUUACCGGAGGUUCAUCAAGGAUUUUUCAAAAAUUGGAGCCCCGUUGUUCCAACUCCUACAAAAGGAGGUGACCUUCGAAUUUGAUGCCAAAUGUGAGAAAGCCUUCGACAAGUUGAAAGAGUUGUUGACCUCACCCCCAAUCAUCCAGCCCCCUGACUGGAGUCUACCAUUUGAGAUCAUGUGCGAUGCCAGUGAUCAUGCUGUAGGGGCUGUGUUGGGGCAAAGAAUGGGAAAGGCAGCCCACGUCAUCUAUUAUGCGUCCCGAGCACUGAAUGGAGCUCAACUGAAUUACUCCACUACUGAGAAGGAGCUUCUUGCAGUUAUUUUUGCUUUAGAAAAAUUCAGGUCAUAUUUGCUAGGUGCUAAAGUAAUCGUAUUUUCUGAUCAUGCGGCAUUAAGGUACCUAAUGACCAAGAAGGAUGCCAAACCGAGGCUCAUCAGGUGGAUAUUGCUACUGCAGGAAUUUGACUUAGAGAUAAGAGAUAAAAAAGGCUCAGAGAAUCUAGUAGCAGACCAUUUAAGUCGCAUACCAGUUGGGGAGGAUAGCGAGGCGUUGAAAGAUGCAUUCCCUGAAGAGCAUUUAUUUUCUUUAAAUUCUCAGUUGCCUUGGUAUGCUGAUCUGGUCAAUUAUUUGGUAACUGGUAAUUUUCCUGCAGGUUGGCCAAAAUCGAAGAGGGAUAAAUUGAAGAGCGACGCCAAGUACUUCAUCUGGGAUGACCCGUACCUAUGGAAGAGGUGUGCAGAUCAAGUGAUGAGAAGAUGUGUAAGUGAAAUGGAAUUUCAAUCAAUUUUAGCUUUUUGUCAUACUUUUGCCUGUGGAGGUCAUUUUGGACCCAAGAGAACUGCUCAUAAGGUUUUUGAAAGUGGAUUUUAUUGGCCUUCAUUGUUUAAGGAUGCCUAUGUGUUCUGUAAGUCAUGUGAUCGCUGUCAAAGGGCUAAAGCCACUCGGACUAAUGAUUCGAGAGUAGUUGCAGAUUUUAUCAGGUCUAAUAUUUUUGUGCGAUUUGGAAUGCCAAGAACUAUUGUCAGUGAUAGGGGAACGCACUUCUGCAACAGAACCAUAGCUGCGUUGUUUCGCAAGUAUGGUGUACUCCACAGGGUCUCAACGUCGUACCACCCGCAGACUAAUGGGCAAGCGGAAGUAUCGAAUCGGGAGAUUAAAUCCAUUUUGGAGAAAAUGGUGCGCCCCGAUAGAAAAGACUGGAGCCAAAGGUUGGAGGACGCACUCUGGGCCUAUCGGACGGCGUACAAGACUCCUAUAGGGAUGUCACCGUAUAGGUUGGUAUUUGGGAAGCCGUGUCACCUUCCAGUGGAGUUCGAGCACAAGGCUUUUUGGGCGAUAAAGCAAUGCAACAUGAAUCUAGAGGAGGCCGGUGCCCAACGGAAGUUGGAUUUGCAAGAAUUGGAGGAGAUUCGGAACGAGGCCUAA